GCGAACAGUUGUCUGUUGCACGACGGUAAUGUUUUGAUCAUUAGAAUUCGUCUCAUUUUCUCUUGAUUUAAAGCUGUAAUCCUUUCAGUAUAUACAUUUCCUUCUUAUUAUCAUCUGCAAGCAUUCCUCGCUGAAGUAUGGGCGAGGAAGGCGGUGGAGGUUCCGAUGAUUUCGAUCCACAUGGAGAUCCCAACACAGACCCCAAGGAAAGAAGAAGAAUUCGAUAUGAAUAUCGUGAACUGAUCGCCGAAACGCAAAGUAAGGACCAAAAAAUGCACAUUGACUUCAUGUUGCUGUGCUUUCAGUUUUCCUUUUAGCAUAUUGUCAUAUACGAUCCAAAAAUCUAACGAACCUCGCGACAAUCGAAGUGUCCUGCGAGAGGUGUCAAGUUGCAGAAGCACAUGAAGCUUUCGUGCAUAGUUGAUGUACUGAAGUUUUAGUUAUAUGACUCCUUUUAAUUUGUGCUGUUUGGCGAUUGUUUUCGUAGAAAACCGACAUGAUCUUAUCAAACCUGACUCAGCAGGAUUACACAGAGCUUUGGACAAAGCUGACAACUUGUUUAAAAGUGGUGAGUACCGGUGGCCGAUUCUAUUUUUAUCGAAACAUGUGCCACUGUUCUUGCUAUCAGGAUUUCUUAGUAUAGCUGAUGAUUAAUAGUUCGAAACUUGGAGAAAUGGAAAAGGGCAGUGUAAAAUGCAGACUGCGGACUGUCUGCGGACUAUUGGUUUUAGGGUUAGAAAACAAUAGGACUAUUGUUGUGACUUACUCAUUUACAUGGUGAAAACAACAGUCCGCAGUUUAGGAAUGAUGAUGAUGACAUGGUGAUGAUUAAGAUAAAGAUUAAGAUACUGGUACCAUACCAUGGUAGAGUGCAUUAACCUGCAGCCAGCCACUCAAACCACACCAGACAUAAACCCACAGUAAUAUAUUGGUGUAGUUCAGAUGACAAAGUAACACUAUUAGUGUGUGUCAAUCAUGACCUGAGGUCUCUUGACACUCCAUACAAUACAAUACAAUGCAAUACAAUACUUUAUUCAAGAGAUAGAAAACAAAACAAAAUAUCUUUUGAAAGGGGAGAUCUAGAUGUUAUCCCUAUAUAAUGCAUCAGUCAAUUCCAGCUGACCCUAGGGCAUUGGCAUUUUUUUGCCUUGGAUGGCAAAUUCCCUGGGGUGGGGACUCUUGGGCGGAGUUGGAAUUUACUUAUGCAUAAAUAUCCCUGUAUAAAAGAUUCCCCAAGAUAAAAAAAAUAAAAUCUAGAAACUAGAAGCUAAAACAUUAUUUACAGAGUUAAAAAAUGUAAAAACUAGAAUUAUCUAAAAUGAUGGAAAAUAUUUACAAUAAUAUUCAAUAUAAAUCGACAUUUUCUAAAGCUGGUAUUAAAAGACAAACAAAUCCUUUUGCAUUUGAAACAAAUCAUAUGGCUUCAUCUGGCAUCAAUCGUCUUGAACUGAAUGUUGAUGCUUGGUAACCAGGCAAAUUUUUGAGCGCAUGCUUGACCCAAGAUGGCGGUUGGUUUGCUGUCAUUUCUACACUGCGAUCUUGCAUUUGUUUCAGACCUUUAUUUCCUGGAGAAAGCUCCCAGAUCUGUUAACAGAACUAUGAGGAUUUUUUUAUACAAAAGGGCUUAAUUUUGCCAGAUUGUUAAUGAACGAAAUAUCCAGGCUCAUGUAUUGCAUGAUGUAUCUUGAUACAUUGCAUCUCCUGGUGUCAAUACUGAUGCCGAAACCAAGACAGCUGACUUGUUUAUGGAACAAAAAGGGAUUCCCUAAGUAUUCGCAGCUUUAUAAAACUGCUUUUUGUGUUGAUUGAUGUGAUUUUUUCGCUGUUGAUAGAAAUAUGUAACCUUUUUCGAUUUUGUUCAUGUUGUGGGUAAAUGGCUGUAAUCUGCAUUGUUGGAAAGUGUGUUGUAGAGGUUAAGGUGAACCUCUUCUCAAAAAUCAUGGCUGCGCCUUAUAGCCGGGUAUUUUCGCUUAAUUUUUAACUGAGUGCACCUCAAAACCGAAAAAUACAGUACAUUACCAUACCCAAAAACAAAAGAAAAAUGAAAAUUACCUGAGGUAAAAAUUUAACUGCAGCACAUACUUCCUCAAUCUGUCAACUAACAGCCCCCCAAUGCUUGUGCUGUCAUAGCCAUAAAAAAAAAUCCAUAUUCAAUUUCAGGCAAAGAGUUAGAUCAUUAUCCUUUGGUGCUGGACAUGUUUAAUAUAUAGCUUAUAUUAUUUUAUGUUGUAGUUAAUUUUUAUUUUUCCAUUGUUUUUGGGUAUGGUUAUAUAUGCUAAUGAAUGAAUAUGAAACAAAGGAAAAAUAAAGAUUACCUGAAAUAAAAAAAUUAACUGCAACAUUUAUAAGGGAGUGACUUCUACCUGGUCCCAUCACUUCCCCCUAAAGUUUGAAAGUGAGGCAUGAAGUUAAAUAGGUAUUUCUAGGGGAAUUGUAGUAGAAAAAGAGGAGGUUAAACAAGAAACUGCGCAUAGGUAAAAUUCAGAUGUAAUACUUUGUUUCUCCACAGUGAGACUAACUAGAGAAGCUGUCCUUGAUUCUCAUUUCUUGGUUCUUGCAUCAAAUCUUGGUAGUCAGCAAGUGCAACAGUUACAGACCCACUUAGUUACAUUUGAUCGUGACACCUUUGUCCAAAAAUUGGUAAGUAUGAGAACUUGAAUCCCUCGUAACUCAAAGCAGUUUUUCUCCCUCCUUCACUCUAGAACUACUUUGUUUUGCCACUUUAUAUCACAGCUGUGCCUCUGGAACUUUCUAUCAAGAGUUCUGUUAGCCUACUAUGAGCUCCUUUAAGGCUUGUCCAAUUAUAUUGAUUAAUGCAUAAAGGACAGUUUACUCAGGCAUUCUUUUCAGCAUCAUUGAAAGUGAGCUUAAGUUUUUUUAAUCUUGUAACAGAUCACUUUCAUGGGAGGCAGAAAUAUAAAUGAUUUAAGCAGAGAGGAUGAUGAAGAGGGGUCCACAAGAAGACAACGGAGGCCAGGUCGCCUUGACUGGAAGAAGCUUGGACAGAAAGCUUGUGUGGCAUUCCGGCGAACACCUUGCAUUGACUUUAUGUAAGAUGACGGGAUAGCAUCUUUUUUACUAUUGAAACCCUUCUGAAAAGGCUUUAACAGUUAGUGUUUGUCAUACAGACAGAAUUCUGUACUAUUGUUGUCCAUUUGUGCUUCAUCACCUUUGUGUUUGACUCAUUGUUAAUUUCAGAAUAAAUUAUCAGUGUUGUCCUAUUUUUUUUUCCUGGUUAUUUAAAGAGACAAAUGAAGAAAAAAACAAUCAUAUUUUUUGCAAGAUUUAGCUGUGGAUAAGAGAUGUAUUGAGAUGGAAGUAAUGCAACCUUUGUUCAUGGAAAUGAAUGUCAAAUUCUAGAGGAAAUUAAUACAAUUGCCCAGGGUUGUCACUAAGUAUUUAAGUUGCCAGGUAAAUACAACAUGUCGGCAGUGAAUCAAACAGCUAGGGCUUUCUUUUGGUUCUACGGUGUAAUUGUCUUCUAUUUUCCUUUGAAAGUUGCCACGAGCCAAGUUUAUAGUAGCCAGGGGAAAUCCCCGCCCCCCCUCUUAAUGACAGCCCUGAUUGGUUAUUUGUUUGAAGAUAUACUAUUUGGGUUUUAAUUAGGUUUGGUCCUUUGUCCAUGGAACCACCACCAAACCGAUCACGGCAAGCUCAAAAGAAAAGUCCUAAAAACAAACCUGAUGCAAGCCAAAAAGUCACACCAAGUCAGGUAAAAAGGAACUAAUAGUAAAUCCCCUAGGAUGUUUUUGUUGUGCAGUCUUUACUAUAGAUUUAAUUUCACCACACACACAAAUACUUCACUAGACUGUGUUGUGUUCUAAUAAUUAUGUACAUCAUUAGUACCUAUACUCGGCAAAUGACCUUGGGAGUGUUGCUGUAGGCGGCCAUGUAUUAUUGAAGCGUGUUGGACAGUUAAAGUAAUGUUGAGUUUAAAAGUGAUCUUCUGUAUUUUAGUGGACAUUCGACUUCUAAACUGGUUUAAUGCCAGCAGCUACCGUGUGUUAGUCGUUGUUGAUAAUUGUGGAGUUUCUUUUGAGGGUGUAGUCAUGCAGUCAAAUAUGACACCCAAGAUAACUGCUGCCCUGUUGAAAGUCAGGAUUGGAUACCCUUACAGUUUAAGGAAUAAUCUUGUGUAUUUAAGUGGACAUCUGACUGCGGACCAUCAAGGCCAGUUAGAGUCAGUCCAUAUCCAGGGGACUGGCAUUGAUAUUAUCAGCAUGUGACAGUACCAACAUAUAGGUGACUCUGGUCAUCUACCAAGAUUGAGGCUUGUAAAUUGUUGCUCAAAACAUGCUGAAAUGCACUCUUCAGAGCUCCUAAAAUAAACAUUUUCACAAGGGUAUGUGGGCAAUCCCCAGCCAUACUUACCCCCAUGUGCAGCUAAACUGAUUUAAUCUUUUGCCGCCUAUUUUUUUUUUAUCCCUCUACUCUUCAUUUUCUGGCAAAUCCUACAUGUAUUAAUUAAAUUCAAUAAUAAUUUUGUUUUCAUUAGCUUGACAAAGUGGAGUCCAAGGAGGAGGCUACUACCAAAGAAGUUGAUAGAAUACAUAAAGUGCUUUUUGAAAACACAGGUCUGAGAAUAUUGUAAUUAAUUAUUAUUAUUUAAAUUGAUUGAAGAAGAUUUCUUGAUAUGCCUGAUAUUCCAGGAAUCAAAGAAGACUUGGUUUAUCAAUCAUUAGCCCCAUUAAUUUCGCAAUGUAUAAAAUCACCAGAUAACUAAAAAAGAUUUUUACAUAAACUUUGCAGCACAGUGGGCUAGUGAAUUCUGUUUUUAACUUGCCCAAUGGGCAAGUGAUGUUUUCUGAGAUAUUCGAAUAACAGAUGAACUGUGAAAUCAAUUCUGCUCGUCAAAAAGCUUUUGCGCUAGUUGAAAUGACGUCUGGGCUAGUAAAUACUAGCUUGAGCUUGCCUGAAUGGCAAGCUGUAAAAAGGAUUUUCUGCGCACCCUGAACAUAUACGUUUGCAGGGUUGUCGCUAAAAUCUCAAGUUCGCGGGUAUAUGCAAUAAGUAGGAAGCGAAUUGUACAGAUAGGAAGUUCUUUGGGUUCUAUUUUCCUUUUGUUUCGUAUAAAAGUAGCUGGGGCUCACAGUCAUAGUAUCCUGGGAAAAUCUCCGGCCCCUGGCUCUUGGUGACAACUCUGCAUUUGGUGCUAAAACUAAGAUUUCCUGAUCACCCAAAGCUAAAGAUUGUAAGGUACCAGAGGCCUAUUUCCCCCUUAUCAGCUAGUAAAUAUUUUGGCUUUUAACUUUGAACUAUAAAUAGCUUUGUUGAAAAGUUGCUAGAGGCAAUUUAUUUGAGUGUCAAUGUAUUUAGCACGAAAGUGCUAAUUGGGGACACUAUUUUUACAUGUACAUCUCCUAAUGCAGACGGGACCACCAUUUUACAUGGUCAUCUGAGCCAUGCAAAGGUCCAGCCGCUUGCAUUGCAAUGGGAGUACCUUCAUUUCUCAGUUAUUUUAAGACCCUGAGUAUUGGUCCGCCCUGGGAAUAGAACCCGCGACCACGCUGAGCAAUCAAGCCCUCUACCAACUGAGCUAAUCCUACCAUGGAAAAGGAAAUACUUUAUCGGAGAGACUGGAAACAAAUCCCACCAAUAUAUCAAACAAACAUUGGGUAUAAGACCUAAAAUAUGAAAACACUGAAGUGUUUUAUGUUUACUUCUCAAAGUCAUUAAUAAGUCCUAAGGAAAAUACAAAGGAAAUUACAUUUAAUGAGUGUCUUGAAAUCAGAUGAAAAACUGCUCAUUUUUGCAUCCUUAAUUUCUCCUUCUUUAAUCAUUUUGUUUGAUAAGUAAUAUCAAGUAUUCAACAGAGUAUUUUCAUCACUAGAUGAAACACCUCAAGUUCGUCAAAAAUAACCCACUUCACAUUGUAUUUUCAACUCUCUUCUCAGUGUUUCAUCUGGUGAUGAAACACUGCCUCUCACGCUUGAUAUAUCAUGUACAAUACAAAAGCCAAUUCGAAAAGGUUAAUGCAGACAUGCUGUGUACUGGUACAUGUAAUCAAAGCUGUAUUACCGAGUAAUAGCGUGAGACCUUAUUAGCUCAGGGACAGAACAGACUCUCACUCUCUCAUCCCAUCCGGGACUUGCAUUGUAAGGCCUCCUCCAUCUGCUGUUACCUUGUCAUGGUGGGGGAGGUUGAAAGCCUUUGUGAUUCUAUGAGCUAUACUGGUAGGGGCUUAAGCUCCUGGCAGGUCCAACUAAGCCAAGCAGGUUAUGGGGGAGAGGACAGACUAAAAGUAGUACCUGGUCCUCCAGGUUGGGGGCUGGGCGUAGGGCUAACAACAGCACCCUGGAAUACGAGAACUUGCUACCAAAUCUGAAGCAACACUAUUCACAGUCCAGGGACUACUUAAAGAAAAACAUUAAGGGCCAACAUGACAGUUACGUUUAUUAACUGCCUCCAUAAAAUUUAUUGUUAAAUUUUUAUUGUCAGAAAUUAACAGUCAUGUGCAUUUUGACAUUGAGGAUUAAAGGGCUGAUAUAUCUUUGUGGUCUUUGUUUUAGUUUCAGGGGAUGAAAUAACGCCAGUCUGCUUAUUCAAGUUCAUCAUAAACCCUCACUCAUUUGGUCAGACUGUUGAGAAUCUCUUCCAUUUAUCGUUUCUAGUGAAGGUCAGUAAGACAAGUUUACCAAGGGACAGAAUUGAAUGUAAACAAGUAUUGAUUAUCUUACCCUGAUAAACUGGACUUUAAUGAGUUAAAAUGAAGAUCUAAGGACACGAUUAAUAGAGUCUAUUCAAGUGUUGAGAGGCGCCUUUGAAACAGAUUUGUUUUUCAACCAAAGACUAAGGUGUCAUUUGCAUGCAUUACUUGACUACUCAUAGUCAAAAAGUGAAUAAGUUCAUUCAUCUGAAUUGUAACUGCUGGACAGUCAUUAAGAGCUAGGGCCCUGGCUUAUAUGAACAUGAUCCACAGCUACUUUAAUAUUAUUAUAAAAUAGAGGAAAAACACCGGUAAUGCUAAGAGAAAUGUCAAGCUGAUUGGUUCCCUGUUGCAUCCAUCCAGCAACUUGAAAUCUUUGUGACAGCCCUGUGAUUGGCUCUGAAGGGUCUUUUUUGUUGCAUAAAACUUAAUGUCAGCUACUGUUACAUGUAUAAUAUGUGAAUUAUGUUAAUCAUUUCAAUUAUAAUGAUUAUUAUUAUCUAGCUGAGUCACGCCAAGUCCAGAUAAAUGUCGUAAAGAAAAAUAAUGAUAAACUUGUAGAGUUUUUAUUAUUACUAGUUUACUAAGAAUUUGCUUAAUCUUCAGGAGCAUUACUUGUACAUAAUAUGCAAGGUCAAGCUUAACUCUGUCGUGCCUUUAUAGGAUGGCCGUGCUGCUAUAACACUUGAAGAUGGACUACCAUUUGUUUGUAAGUAAUGUAUUAAAACAAGAGAAUCCUUUCUAAAAAUUACUUUCGUAAGACAAGUCCCUAUCAGGAAGAUAGUGAUUGAGAACUGAAUCUUCUUUGAUAAAAUUAUGAUUGAUGUAACUUCAUUUUUUCAGUUAGUGCUCCAAACUCAACUUUUUUCAAAGCUGCCUUGGAAUUACUAACAAAGUAGCCUGACAAAAAAAAAUCUUUGCCAGAAGACUUUGUGCAAUAUUAGAGGUCAAGCUGUUAAUUUAAACAUCACAACAUAUGGAAGUGUAAUGUGUUCAUUGCAUUUCAACCAUUUCAAAUUGUUAGUAAUUACCGUGGUAACCAAAAUGAUCAUUGCUUGGAAUACUUUUUCAGGUCAAGGCUCUCACUAAGAGCGGAGGGCUGGGGAUUUCCCCCAGCUACUAUGAGCAUGAGCCCCGGUUACUUUCAUAAAAAAAAAAAAGGAAAACGGAAUCAAAAUAACUUCCUAUCUGGACGACUCCUUUACACUAAUUGCAUAUACCCCCGGCAACUUGAAAUUUUACCAAUAGCCAUGCAGGUGAAUUAGGUACACUGUACAUCAAUGCAUGUUAGCCUUAAGUGGAAGUGGUUUCACCUACGUGUACAAUAGAAAAUGACUUAUUCUUUCAUCUAUAUGGACAUGACGAGAUGUAGUUACCAUCAUGUACAGGAAAAAGGUCCCUUUUUUAAAUGUAGCCUGAAUAUCUCUUGUAUUUAGCGUAUGAUGAAAUGCCAACAGAAGACGAACAAAUUGAAAGAAGCAAGUAGUUGUUAAUCUCACUCUUGCUGAGUAUAAGGUGAGUUUUAAAAUUAAAAUAUAUAGUUACUAUUGUAAUGCCUUGAAUCUACCAAAAAGAAAAAAACCGGUUACUAUUGUUUACAAAUAACAGACAAGACAAAAGGUCACAAAGAUCAAAUGUAAUGUAAUGCCUUGAAUCUACUCAAAAAACCGUCAUUAUUCGCGGAAUAUAUUCUUCUUUAUAAGAAGUAUUUAAGAUUUGUUGCCGCCCAUUCGCAGACGUCUCUCCCGCGAAACGUCCUUAGCGGUGAGGAGUGUGGAGAGAUGGCUCUAUUUGCAGGCUAAAAUAUUACUUUUGUUCACGGUCUUUGGAAAACAUUUGCCUUUUAGGAGAUCGUGAAGACUUUUAACAUCACAAGGCCAAUGAUUCCACCACGCCCUACCAUGAAUGGUAUUGUCAAUCAUAACAACCAAACCAAUGGUAAUGAAGAUGAUGACGAGGACUAAUAAUCUACACAAGAACAUUAAGAUUAAAAAAAAACUUUAUAUUAAUGAGAAAUUAUAUUAGAUUUAGUUGUAUUUUUUAAGGCUUUGAUGUAAAGAUAUGCAACAGUUUACUAUUAUUUGUCAUUAUUUAUUUUUAGUUUAGUUUCCGUUAUAUUGGCUUGGUUUAUUUUUAGAGGUGCAAAAUAACACCAAUUGACACUCUUGACAAAUCAUAUUUAUAAAUUUUGAAGGAAAUGCACUCAUCCUUCGGUUAUGGUAUACAGGAGGGUCCUGGGUUGCCAAGGCCCCCUUUUGUGAUGAGCAGUGAGACCAAAAUACAUGUAGGGUAGUUUAUGUAACGCGGAACUUAAUUCAUCUGCACAGAUAUUUUGUCUAAUUCUUUGUGAAUUAGAUUUGAUCUUAUCUGUUAGAACGUUUUCAGUAAAAGCAAUGUUGCGGGUUUAAUUUCAUGCUCCCAAAAAGUUAAUUAGCUGUAAAUAUUAUGCAAGAGUCAAGUUGUUCUUGUUGUGUUUUCGUUCUAGACCCGGGACUUUUAACAGGGAUUAUACAUUGCUAGUCCUCAGUCUGUUACAGUAAAAGCUCUCCUUGCGACCACUCUCGUAAGCGACCAGCUCUAGUUACGACCACCUUUGUGAAACCCCGUUUGAGCGACCGCUCCCGUAAGCGACCGCGACCACUUCAGGGAUUACCUAGCUGGACUUCUCCGUUGUUUUUAAGUUCUUGUAACCCAUUCUUGCACUUAACAAAUAGAUUCCACGUUGCCGUGCGUCUGUUCAGUAAUAGAUCAUAGGUGAUGUCAAAAUAAUAUUUAGAUUUGGGGUUAUUCUGGUCUGAAAAAUUGGUCGUAAAGUUUAGCCUUGUCUAUAUUAGAUUUAAAGACAUCAAACAAAUGUUUUUUUGUUAACCAUUAUUUUCUCCUGGUUUUUCUUUAUGAAUUAUUAAUGAGUUUUUGAAGCUCUCGUAAGCGACUACCCUUCAUAGGCAUUGCCGAGUUCCCCUGGGCCUCUGUAUCAAAACGAGGUUAAGUGCUCAGCCUUUAAUUUGAUAUAGAAUCAUACAAGUAACACUCAUUUUCACAAAAAAGGUUGUGCACUUGGCCUCAUUUUGAAUUUAAGCGUUUUUGGAACCCGGAAGUGGCCUAUUAGUUUACUAUGCGCUCAUUCUUGUAAGCGACCAGCGCUAGGCACGACCACUUUUUCGAAUUUUCGAGGAGGUCGCUUACGAGAGCUUCGACUGUAUUUAUAUAUUGAGGACCAGAAAAUCUUAUUCGCUGACAGGUUUCUACACCUAUUAUCUAGAAUGUCAUUUACCCCUUUAUAAGAGCUAGCACAGGGAAAAUUUACCUGGUGGUCAGCUCACUAAAAGCUUGCUUUGGUAUGAUUUCAGUUCCAGAGAAAUAGUGUUGAAAACGUCAAUAAACCACAGUGUAGUUGCAAGUUUAUUUAAUUGGUGGGAUAGAAGAAAAGGGGGACAAGUUAUGGUAUGGUGUAAACCAGAACAAUGAACAGAAGCAGCAGCAUUGUGUUAAUACAGUUCUUGUAAAUGCCUUUCUUGCGUGCAGUUUUAUUUUUGUGUCAAUUUCAGAAUGUGAGAGUUUUUGAUUGGAUCAAACGUUAACAGAAAUGGAGACGAAAGAAACCAUUACUUAUCAUAAGCUCCAUCUCGCACUCCCAGUCCCUAUUAUAAGGCCUGAGUAAAUUCAAUCUCUUUGAUUGGUCGUUGCGUUUGACUGAAAGAAAUUCAGUUUGAUACCAUACUGGCCAUGUAGAACCCCGCCUUAUGACCAACCCUUUUACCAAUUCGUUAUCGUUCGACCCAAACAAAAGAAACAGCGGUUAUUUAAUUAUUUUUGAAGAUCUCGUUAAUACGACCAGGAUUUUAUGGUCCAACAGUGGUUGAAUUAACGGUGUUGUACUGUCCUGCUCGUAUUGACGAUUUGAGAAGUGGGGAAAAUAGAAACGUCAACACCAGCUAUUAUUCAAAAACGUAGGAAUUUCAAAAGAAAUUACAGUUCAAAAAGUAAAGAAUUGAAAUUAAAUGUAAAAUAUGUUGGUCUGAAAUGUCACGGGUCAGGGAGAGGAGACGGAUGAAAUUUCAGACUAAAAGAAAAUGUGAGUUGAGUUUAAUUUUUAAACAUUAUUUGAACCUAAUUUGCUAUUAAAGAAUGAUUGAG